AUGGAAGAUGGUGCUCCAAAGCAUAUCAUCCAGAUGACGGGAUUUAAGAUGGAAGAAAAGGAAGCUCUAGGCAAAUUGCUUUUAAAACUAGAUUGCACUUUUAUUAAGAGUGAGAAAUACAAAAAUUGUACACAUCUUAUAGCUGAACGUUUGUGUAAAAGUGAAAAGUUUUUAGCAGCUUGUGCAGCAGGAAAGUGGGUACUAACUAAGGACUACAUAAUUCAUAGUGCCAAAAGUGGCAGAUGGCUUGAUGAAACAACUUAUGAAUGGGGCUAUAAAAUUGAAAAAGACUCUCAUUAUUCGCCUCAAAUGCAAUCUGCACCUAAAAGAUGGCGUGAAGAGCUGAAACGCACUGGUGCUCCAGGAGCCUUCCAUAGAUGGAAAGUUGUCCUCCUUGUUAGAGCUGAUAAACGAAGUGAUUCUCUUGUAAGAGUUCUGGAGGCUGGAAAAGCAAAUGUUAUUUUACCAAAAAGCUCACCAAGUGAAAUAACUCACGUGAUUGCCAGUAAUGCAAGAAUCAAGGCUGAGCAAGAAAAAGACAACUUUAAAGCUCCAUUUUAUCCAAUUCAGUAUCUAGGGGAUUUUCUUUUAGAGAGAGAAAUUCAGAAUGAUGAAGAUUCCCAGACCAAUUCUGUUUGGAAUAAACAUAGCAAUCAGGAAAAAAACAAAGAUUUCUGGAAGGAUAGGGGAUUUCUUGAAAUGAAAGGUGCCUUAAAAGAGACCAUGCAUAGAACCCAGAAAGAAAAGCAAAAUCAUGAUGAAGAUGUUAAUGUUAGUUCUCUUUUGACUGGCCAUCACAAAAAAGAAAAAUUCAGAGAUUCCAAUAAAGAUUUGAAAUUUGUUAAAAUGAGAGAUGCCUUAGGAAGGUGCACGUAUGGAAGUCAGAAGGAAAUUAAGAAAAAGGAUGAAGAUGUUCAAAGGAGUUAUACUUUGAGGAAAAAACGCAAAAAAGGAAAUGAAAGAGAUUCCAGGAAAGACAUUGAACGUAACAAAAUUAGAAGUACCUCAAGAAAGCACAUAUAUAGAGAUGAGAAAGAAAUGAAGAAUUCCAUUUUUGCUGAUGGUGCCAAAGAAUCAAAUCCCAAGGAUGUCAGGACAGAUGUGGAUAUUGUUGAAAUAAAAAAUGACCUAAGGAAGCACAUAUAUAGAGCUCAGGCUAUCAGAUACAGCUGCAUUAGAAUAGAUAAACAACCAGUGUACAAUAUUGAGGCUAAAAAUGCUGAAUUUCCCAGAGGUGUAUUAAAUUUAAUUGAAAGUCUCAUAGAAGGACAGUUUUUUAAAGAGGCGAUUGAAGAGCUUUCCUCAUUACAGGCACAUUAUAUCCCCCCUGUAUGCCUUCUUCAUGCUCUCCUAGAGAACAUUCUGCAGGAUAACGUAGAUACAUUUUCUGGCCGAUACUUUCAUAUAUUGUCUGCUCUUCUUCACCUACAUCCUCCUUGGAAGUCCCCAGCCAUGUCAAGAUAUUACUUAGAGCUGUUUCAGUGUCCAACUUGUAUGAAAGGAGCAUGGUCUCUCAUAGAAGUGCUUAUCAGGUCUUGUCUUUACAAUGAAAGUUUUUGUCAUCAAAUUUCGAAAAAUAUUAUUGGCAGUAAGGUGCUCCACCUGACCCUGCUCAAAUUUUUCUUUAAUUUAGUGGAAAGUGAAGUGCGACAUCUGAGCCAAAAGUUGUAUGACUGGUCAGAUUCUCAGAGUCUGAAAAUAACAGGAAAAGCAAUUCUUCUUGAAAUCUUUUGGUCAGGAAAUGAGGCCUCUGGGCUUUUGACCAAACCAGUAAAUAUGCUUUUGGAGUGGACCAUAUAUUCUCACAAGGAAAAAUGCAAGUCUAAUGAUGUCUUCAAACAUGAGCUAGCCUACUUACUCACAGGAAUUCUUGGAGCAGCAAUAGAUUAUUGGAUCUUCCUUGGUCUGAAGAGGGGUAAAAAUGUGAUGCGGCACAUGUCUGAUGACUUAGGAAGUUAUGUUUCCCUUUCAUGUGAUGACUUUUCUUCACAGGAAUUAGAGAUUUUCAUUUGUUCCUUUUCCUCCUCCUGGCUUCAAAUGUUUGUUGCAGAGGCAGUCUUUAAAAAGUUGUGUUCACAGAGUUCCAUCAGCAUUUCUUCUGAGCCACUCUCUCUCCAAAAAAUGGUAUAUUCCUAUUUGCCAGCUUUGGGGAAGGCUGGUGUGCAUGGAGCUGGAAAGAUACAGAUAUCAAAGAAAAUAGGACAGCGGCCUUGCCUUGAAUCUCAGAGAGCCUUGUUAAUGCUGAAUGGUGCGAAACAGAAACAAGUGGAAGGGCUGCCAGAAUUACCAGAGCUGAACCUUGCUAAAUGUUCCUCAUCGUUAAAAAGAUUGAAAAAGAAGUCAGAAGGAGAAUUAUCAUGUUCCAAGGAGAAUUGCCCCUCUUUAGUUACAAAGAUGAAUUUUCACAAAACUAAUCUAAAAGGAGAAACAGCCCUCCAUAGAGCUUGCAUAAAUAACCAAGUGGAGAAAUUGAUUCUUCUUCUCUCUUUGCCAGGAAUAGACAUCAAUGUUAAAGACAAUGCUGGCUGGACGCCUUUGCAUGAAGCCUGUAACUAUGGCAACACAGUGUGUGUCCAGGAAAUUUUGCAACGUUGUCCAGAGGUAGAUCUGCUCACUCAAGUGGACGGGGUGACUCCUUUGCAUGAUGCACUGUCAAACGGACAUGUAGAAAUUGGCAAGCUGCUACUACAGCAUGGGGGCCCGGUGCUUUUACAGCAGAGGAACUCUAAGGGAGAAUUGCCCUUGGAUUACGUGCUAUCAUCUCAAAUCAAGGAGGAACUAUUUGCCAUUACAAAAAUAGAAGAUACAGUGGAGAACUUUCAUGCACAAACAGAGAAACAUUUUUACCACCAGCAACUUGAAUUUGGUUCAUUUUUACUUAGUAGGAUGUUGCUAAAUUUUUGUUCAAUUUUUGAUUUAUCUUCGGAGUUCCUUUUAGCUUUCAAAGGGUUAACUCAUCUAAAUGAGCUGCUUGUGGCUUGUAAGAAUUAUAAGGAAGCCACCAGUGCUCACACCGACUGGUUAUUGGAUCUUUAUGCUAGAAAUAUAAAGACAUUGCAGACGCUCCCAAAUAUUCUUAAGGAACUGCCUGAGAAUGUAAAAGUGUGCCCCGGAGUGCACACUGAGGCCUUAUUGGUGACACUGGAAAUGAUGUGUCGUUCAGUCACAGAGUUUUCGUGA